AUGGGUGUCAACAAUUGCGAUGAGCAUCGACCGAAGUGCAAAAAUUGUGAGCGCCAACGGAGUACCUGUGAUUACGCUUCGUCUGGCCCCUGGCAAUGGAGGGUCGACAUCCGAGGAAGCCGUGGCGAGGCAUCUAUUCCAGAACACAGACGACUUGACAACACUGCCCUGGAUCAACCCCGAGCUCAGAAUCUGCAGCGAGAACAUCAAGCACAGGAGGUGAAUACCCAACAUUGCAGGUUGCUCAUACAUUGGACGACUGCAGUGUAUCAAUCGGUAUCUCGGAGCACGGAUGUGGAGUGGAUUUGGCAAGUUGUGAUUCCCAACCUAUCCUUAACGCAGCCAUGCCUACUGCGUGGGAUAUUUGCACUCUCCUCUCUUCACCUUAGCCUCUCCGCAGCAAAUCCUACAGAUCGUGAAGAUCUGCUGCAGAGUGCGUUGAAUUAUCACAGCCAAUCAUUACAGCUCUUCGCUCCAACCCUGGAGGACUUGACGCGUUCGGAUUGUAACGCAGCAUUUUCUCUAUCACUCAUCUUGAUCCUCUUCUCGUUCGCUGCCCCCUUAUUGGUGGUUGGAGAUUCCGACUUGGACGCUAUAUAUGAAUUGCACCAGGUUUGCGUAUUCGUCAAAAAGAUGAUGAAUUUCUCGGUGGGUAUCUAUGAGACUGUCAAGAGUGGGGUUCUGGGCCCGCUCGUGCACAUAGAUGACUCCGUCUCUGAGUUGUCUGGCUCUCCUCUUACUGCCAUUGCCUGUCUGAGUGACCUAAAUUCUAGGGCUUACGACAGGAAUCCCAGUCAUGAAUUCCAGAUGUACCAAGAAUCAAUCGAUCGUCUAGUAGACCCUUUUGGGCAAUUAGGCGAUCCCGGAAAUCAUCGACUAUCAGGGGUCUUUAUGUGGGUCUUCCACGUUCCUGAUCGGUUCUUUGAGCUAGUCCAAAAGAGGGAUGCUUUUGCUCUCAUCAUUCUCGCUCACUUCUGUGUCCUAUUGCACGACUUACGCAAUCAUUGGUGGAUGUCUUCUUGGGGAUACAAAGUGAUUGUGGCCAUCUACCAGACCUUAGACGCAGACCUCAGGUAUUCGCUGUCAUGGGCUUUGUUACAGAUCGGGUACACGGGCGACAUUUGA